UGUUUCUUUAGAAAAUAAUCUAUGGAGAAGAAGUGGAGAUGAAAGUCAGACCAGGAGACAACAUCACUCUCUACUGUGAUUGCUCUAUAACUCUUGGUUCUGUCAUUGUGUGGAUAAGAAACUGCUCUCAUGAAAAUCAACCCUCUCUCAUAAUAGAAUUUAGGAAACUGUACCUCGAGAUAUUUCAGCGAUUCAGCUUUAUCCACAACCCCUAUAAUAAUUCUUAUGAUCUACAUAUUACUAACAUCAGUGUGUCUGAUCUGGGACUGUACUACUGUAAAAAAGUAGAGAAUAAGGUAAAUCAAGAUGAAAAAGGCAUCCUCUCGGGAUCAGAAGUGUACUAUUCUGGAAACCAAACAACUCGUCUCUCUCUGGAAGCGAAUUCUUGCUCUGAACCCUCUGCACCUCCUGACUGUCUGCUCUGCUGGACGCUGCUGUUCAGUAUGUGUCUGGUGUGUGUCCUCCUCUCCUCCAUCUGUGUGUUCUGCUUCUUUUGUAAGAAAACUACAGAUGCUGCGACAGAUCAGAAGGAUAAGUUAAAAGGUAGAAAUACAGCUGAGUGCGUGUAUACAGAGGUGUGUUAUGCAUCUUUAGAUGUGAUCACCAAGAGACAAAAGCAACGCAAGACAAAGCGAGUGCAGAGUUCUGACUUCAGUACUUACGCUCAGGUCAGAACACAAACUGAAUAGACCUAAAACAGAACUGAGGUGGAUUCUGACACUUUCCAAACAUAAAAAAGAUUGCAGGUUUCAUUGUUAUGUAAGAUCACAUGUAAUUAUAUAAGGACUUUUUAC